UGUUGCUGGUGGUGGUUUUAGGAAAUCAUGGCGGAUAUUAAGGUAUUGAGUUCGGAUAAUGUGGCGGAAGAGGAUCGGAUGGUGGAGAUUGAGUUGGAAGCGGCUGAGGCUUUGGCGGAGUUAGCUCAUGUGGCCGCUAAUAGGUUUCUGACUCGUGGUGGUGAAUCAGACAGUGGUAACCCGUGCUUUAACCUAGUUGAAUCGUUCCCUAAGCAUCUCUUUGAGCAGGAUCAAGCUAAUUUUUGUCGGAAGGAAUCAGAAAAGACAUCCAUCUGGACUGCAAAACCGGUGAAGGAUGAACAGAAUGCAGAACUUCCAUCAACUGCUUCUUAUCCCACAAAGUAUGCAUCUUCAAGUGGCAGGAAAUCUAGACAGCGUUUGACUGAGGCUGAAAAGGAAGCACGAAAAAUACGUAGGGUGCUUGCAAACAGAGAGUCAGCUAGACAAACAAUACGUAGGAGACAGGCCAUAUAUGAGGAGUUGACCAGAAAAGCUGCUGAUCUAGCAUGGGAGAACAAGAAUUUGAAAAGGAAAAAGGAGAUGGCUUCAAAAGAGUUUGAUUCCUUGAAGGAUAUGAACGAACGCUUAAAAGCACAGAUGGUUAAGGUUGAAGCAGAUGAAAUCCAUGGAGAAUCAAGAAAAAGUUAUGAUGAGCUAAAUACUUGUUCUUCAUCUACUAAUUCUCCCUUUAUCAAGUGUAAUUGGUCACCUUUCCUCCCCUUGACAAUAACCAAUUCAUCAUCUUCUGACAAAGGGGUUUCAACUAUAACCAAUGGUAUAACAAGUCCGCUAUAUGUAUUUCCACAUCCAUGGCUUUUUGCUUUUCUCCACAAUGAUAAUGAACAUCAUCCUCGUUCUUUUAAUCUAAAUGAGAAACCAAUAGAGUCUUCCCAAGGCAGUCUGCACUCUUCUAGUUCAAUCUCAAAAGCAUCAAUGCCAAUCUUUCCCAAAAUGGUUGAGCCAGAAACUUCAUGUUCAACAGAAGCUAUGCCUGCAAAAGCUCUUGAUGGGACCCAAUUUGGCGGUCCGCUAACAAUAGAGUCCAAAACCAGAAGUAGAAACCUUAUCAACCCUGUUGAGCAUAUUAUACAUGAAAUUCAUCAAGUUCCAGUUGUUUGCUCAGGUAAAAAACUAUGUGAUAUGGCUGCUGCAUCUGAGGCCAGGAAGAGGAGAAAACAUCUCCAAAGGCAAAAGGAUCUUCAUUGGAGACAACUAAGGAUGCAUUAAGUGAAACUAACACUACAACAAAAACGGGUUACAGGACUCAAGAAUGUCUAAAUGUCUGCAUCAUAGGAUUUGAGUUUAUAGGAAGAAACAAUUGUGUGUCCUAUGUAAAAGUGUUAUAAUAAGUUCAUAGGACGUUUUUGGACGUCUUAACAAGUUUUUAGGUCGCUUUUCAAAUAAGGUGUCGUAUUAGCUUUUUUUAUAGGACACUUUUGAGAAGUGUACUAAGAUCUUGUCUUUUUGUAGGAUACUUGUUUUUAUAAUACAUUUUUCAAAUUGAAUGUUUUAUUUUAAAAGUAGUCUAUUAGGACAUCUACGCAUUUUUGGCGUCCUAUAAACCCAAUAUCUUUGUAGUGUAACAAUAUAAAUGAAAUACCAAAGAUCCCUCUACUGAUUUUGCACCUGCCAUCAUCGAGGUAAAGGGAACUCUUCCAAGACAGACUUACAAAUGGGAGCUGAAGUUCCUUCCCACAAGGAAGUCUUGAUAGCUUGACGGAUAUGGUCACUAGCUUGCAUACAGUCCUUUUAUAUGCUUCCAGUUGCAGUGAGAAGGUAGAAGUUGAUGAGUCGAGCAUUUGCUGCGAAAGUUCCUCUAAACCAAUGGUUGCGAACACACGACACAUUAGUCCCCAUUCUUCCUUUUAUUCUCAAAUGUACUUUUAUAAGAAACGACGUGGUUUUUUUCUCUUUUUUCCUUUUUUCCUACUUGAGGUGAUUAUAGAUGGAUACUCUUGUGAGCUUGUUUGUUCUAAUAUUUGUUCAGCCUUAAACUUUGCUUUGAUUUCAGGAAGUUCUUCAGGUUAAUGUUAUCAGUUUUUUGCAUUGUAAUCUACGAAUAUGCUUACAGUUUCAAGGGACUGAUCGUUUGGUAUGUGGGAGGUUGGUAUUGAAAGUUUUACUGAGAUAAGAACACCAGCUGGAAAGAGAACCAAUCAGAAGCCAAGCCAAGAAUUCAUAGAGGCAUUUAUUUCAGCAAGUCUUUGACUAUGAACACAACACUGGUGUCUGGUUGAAGUCAUCUGUUCUUUUGAUAACCGUGGAUGUUGCCAUAAAGUGGAUUUUACGCAUACCCUGACUAAUCCCAUGUGUCCCUAGAGUGAGUUUUACGCACACCCCGACUAAUCCAUGUGGCCCUAGAGGGGAUUUUACACACACCCCGACUAAUCCGACAUCCGACAUGGCCAGCGCUAAAGGGGAUUUGAACUGGGGAGCAAACCAAGUCCUUUAGACGUCACCAGUUCAACUUACGCUUGGUUAUCGAUUCCAUCAUCAACAAGUGCAUCCACAGCUUCUUGUAACAGUUUUUUCCUUUGCGUUAUGCACUGGCAGAGGACCUUCACGGAAACAGCCUCUCCUCCCUGCUUCCAAGUGGGAUAUGCGAAGUUCGUUUCGUUUGGUUUGUAUUACUUACCGAAUGCAAACGUUUUAUUUUAAAUUCUGGUGCCUGUUCCUCUUUUGCCUCUAGAAAAAGCUGAAGGUUUGGGUGUUCACAUCUAUGAAAGCUGGAUUUGCUGACAUGCAAGGACAUGGGAUUCCAAACAAGCAGAGUUAAAGAGGGUUACAUUUGCACAGGUGUUAGUGUUCCAAAGUUCGGUUCCUGUGUUGGGUUUUCUACCCAUUCGUUGCCAAUUCGCGGCCGGACAACCAAAGGUUUACAUGACUAUUGACUUCAGAUCCCCAUGGGAGUGGUUGCAAACCGGCCGGGAUAUCCAAAAUUAUCAAAGAAAAAAGGAACACUAGUUUUGUUCCUACUUUUCUAGCCGUGCCAGGUACUAACUGAGUGAGUGUUGAUGGAUGACUAAGGGGCCGUUUACCUAAAAACUUACCUGGUAAGCACUUACC